AAUAGCAAAGUGUGUGAAGCCCUUGAAGAAAAUCUACACCGUCAAACUGAGUCAGUCAGAAAUGAAAUGCAGAAGAUUCUAACAGCUUUUGAAGAACGCCUUCAAGAAGGAGUUAAGAAAUCCAAAAGCUCAUGUGAAAAUAUCUUGAAAACCGCCCUGUAUCCUAAGAGAAAAAGCGGUCGGGGUUUUCAUAGGCAACUGAAAAAAGCUGUAGAAAAUGGUGGCAUUUGCAAAUAUAAAAGGGGGAAAGAAAUGAACCUCAACAUGGAACUAAGUUCCCCUCUGACUCUCAGCAUUGACGAGGAAUUCAGAAAAACCUUUCCAAAUGAAGGACAAUGUGGUCCAUUCAAUGGAGUGAUCAAUAUGUUUUCACUUGGCACUGAAGGACUGAAACAGACGUACAAAGAUGUUAUACUGCAGCUGGUUUUUCUCAAGUCAGAGGAAGAUCGUCUUAAGACAGACCUAACGAAAAGUAUUCGCAAGCAGAAAAAAAAUAUCUAUAGGAGUCUAACAAAGACAGUUGAGGAAACUAUGCAAGACUGCUAUAAAAAAGCUGCAGUAUUUACAGGAGAAGGUACACUGCAGAACAUGAGGGAAACUAUAGAGAAACAUGUUCAUGGAUCAAAGAACAACAUGUUUGAAAGUGCUAAAGAUGCCAUGAAGAAACAACUGGGUGACUUGAUGAUAGAAGUAUUGUAUAGGCUGGAGAAUACCAUGAAGGAAUCUAUUGAGCUCUCACUCAAGACUGAUGAACACUCAAUCCCAGAUGUUUCAGCAGAGCUCAAGAUGGUCCAUGAAUUUUACAAUAAGCUGCAGGAAAGCAGCUAAAACAGGAAACAUUUCUAAGCUGCACUUGUUGGAGGGAUUCAUCAUCAUAACGUGCUGCAUCUAUAGACCUUUAAGAUGAAAAACAUCAGUAGGAAGAAAAAAAACUAUUAAAUGAUGUAAUCCUAGUUUGUUACUGUGUUAUUUCUUGGUUUCUGGAUUAUAGCUAUUUUAAAUCGGUUUUGUUUUGGAAUAUUAUUUACAACUAUUUUGCUUUUUGUUAAUUAGAAAUUUUGAAAGAGAAAGUAAAAAAGCAAAUCUGUCUGGUUGAAUACAAACCAAGGUUUGUUUACUCAGUACUGUAGACAGAAUUACAGAAAAAAAUAUUAAAAAGACUUUGUUAUUUUUUGUAUUCUUCCUUUUUGUGUUAUUAAAUGUUAGCAAAUAUUAUUGAUUUUAUGCAAAUGUAGGUGAAAUAUCUAAUGUUUUUCUACAAGUUGAUUUUACAAAAGCUUUGCAUUUAAUAGAGAAAACUUAUAUUUGAAUAUUUGGUGCAAUCAAAGGAAAUUUUCAACAGAGGGGAGUACCUUUUUAUCGGAAAUUGGAGCUUACAUUCAAAAUGUAAAGGAAUGUGUAAAGUUAGUAGUUUAUUUUCCUUACUUCUAUAGAAAAUCACUCAUAUUAUAAUAAUUCUUCAUUUUAUUUGUGCAAUUGCAAACCUGAUACAUCUGCGUGAUUUGGUAUUCUGUAAUCUAUCUUAAUAAGAUAAUCGAAUAAAUGUAAAUGUUCAUGUCAAAUCGUGUUUUUAACUUGGUGUUGGCAAUUUUCUGAAUUUUAUUAGAUGUGGUGUCCUCGUAAAAUUCUGAACUGUACUUGUAGUUAAUAUACUUUCCACCCUAGAGAUCUAAAAUAUACAUCAACAAAUAAAGUUAUAUAUAACACAUUA